AUUCUUUAGUGAACGUGGUGGUAGGUAACAGUCGCAUGGUGUGCGCAGUAGAUUCGGUAGAGAGCGAGUUUCUCUUCGUUGGCUCAAAGGUUGAGUAUCGUAAACGACGUCGGCUAUCGUCAACGUCGGCCAUCGUCAACGUCGGCCAUCGCCAACGUCAGCUAUCGUCAACGUCGGUCGUCGUCGGUUCGGAUAGUACCAUAGUAGUCCGUCGCCCAAAAGCGUUGAACGAUGCGACGCUGUGUUGCGACGUGUGGCGCGGUACCACGACCGAUACGUAUUUCAUGUGGUCGGCUCGUACCAGGUUUUCUCGCCACGGUGCACGGGGAGCCGCCAGUGAAACUAUGUUACAGCACCGCAUCGCAGAGUAUUGUACACCGCGACGAGUGUAAGGUGGCGACGCCGCUGACGACAGCUUUACCGUUUUCGAAGAUACCAGGUCCAAAGGGAGCGCCACUAAUCGGCUCCUUGGUUGACGCGUUGAGAAACGGAGUCCUUGGCAAAACACACGAGUUUUUCCAGUUACGGCAUCGUCAGUAUGGCCCUAUCUAUAAGGAGAGGAUUGGUGGUUACACGUGCGUGGGCCUCAACGACCCCCUGGAUGCCGAGCGUCUGUUUAGAGUCGAAGGACGUUACCCCCGACGCGUCGACAUGGUUGCGUGGGAGAUGCACCGUCGCCAUAGCAACAGAGAGGCUGGAAUACUCGUCUUAAAUGGGCCAGAAUGGCAUCGUAACAGAACAAUCGUUAAUAAGCCAAUGCUCCGCUCUCAUUCCGUCGCACAUUAUACGCCAAUGGUUAACGGCGUCUGUCGGGACCUGGUUGACCAGUGGCGCCAUCACCGGAUAGGAACAACCGUGGCAGAUAUUCGUCAGGAUUUAUUCAACUGGUCGAUAGAGUGUGUCGGAUGCAUCCUGUUCGAUUGCCGACUCGGCUGCCUGGAGAUGACGCGGCGUGACGACAUACAGCAGCUCAUCCAAUCAGUGCACGUGCUGCUAUCGGCGACAGAGAGGCUGUUUGUGAUGCCGCCCGCUCUGGCCAAGCUUCUGAACGUGAAACCUUGGAGAGACAUGGUCGCCGCGUGGGACUACAUAUUUGCGAUCGCCGAGCAACAGGUUAACCAAAGGUUAGAAGUUAUGCGACAGGAGCAGGAGCGGGGCAUCACUCCAUCCGGUUUCCUAGCAACGCUCUACUGCAGCCCGAAAAUUCGAACGGAUGAGAUUUACGGCAACGUGGCAGAGCUGCUUGCUGCGGCAGUCGAGACGACAUCCAACACUAUCCACUGGGCACUGUUCUUGUUGGCCAAGUAUCCGGAAUCCCAGGGGAAACUUUGGAAGGAAAUCUCGGCGGUUAUUUCCCCGGAGGAAGAAGUGACCCACGAUACGCUAGAAAAGCUGCCAUAUCUGAAGGCAGUCAUCAAGGAAACCCUUCGCUUGUAUCCGGUUGGUAUUGCUAAUACUCGCAUGCCAUCGCAAGACAUAGUUAUUCGUGGAUUCUCCAUUCCUGCAGGCAUCGCUUCGUCAAAACGGUCAAACGUGUAA